AUGUUCCACCUCACGACAGUUCCCGCCCGCUACGGGAGGCACCUCCUGGUCGGCCUCCUAUCGCCAGCCGUCCAUGUUCCAGUAUCGCUUACUACCCGAAGGACUCUCAAGAAUAAAGCGAAGCUUCGCCCCAAUCCGCGGAUCAAACAGGCGAUGACGCCGGAUAUGCUGCCGACAGAAGUCUCGGCAGCACCCCGCUCGCUUUCAGAGUUCCAAAUCCGGAUCAAAGACUUGGAUAUGAAGCAUGUCACGGCACAAGAGGCGCACGAUAUGUAUACGAAAUACAUGAAGGCCGUGGCCGCCAAGCAAAGGCCUGCCGGUUGGCAGGAAAAGUUCGCGAUAGACACAAACGCCUCGGCUGCCAAGCUCCAUGAGACGGCCACACUCGUGCUCACCCUCCAAUCACUUCGCGGAAGUGAGUUCGAGUUUUCUUGCACCAUGCUGAGAGCCGCCGCAGGCCUCGGCGACGACGCCGCCGCCCUCAGCCUCGGCCGCAUCCUCCAACGUCCGCGCACCAGGCAGGACUACUUCCACUGGGACCAGCCAUGGUGGCGGCAAGCGCGCUAUCGCUGCAUGGCGCUUAUAAAGGAGGGCCGCGACGCCAACGCCCUCGUUCUAAAAGGCCUGAUUCACCUGAAGCGCAACAACCCAUUGGACGACUCCCUUGCCCUCGAGGCCUUUGUGCAGGCCGAAACAGUCGGCAAGCGUGCAGACCGUUUCGAUUGGGAGCCGACGUGCCUCGAGGGCCAGGGCAACGCCCACCAACGCUUGAACCAGAAGAAACAGGCGGAGGAGGCCUUCAGGCGGCUCGCCGACCUCGACUGUGCGAGGGGCUUCUACCGCCUGGCCAGGUUGUUCCCAAGAAGCGAAUCCACCCUUGACUGGCUCACCAAGGCGGCCGCUUCGGGGCUCAGUGAGACGUACCAGUUGCUAGUGGACGAGCACGAGAGGCUACGCAGCAUCUGCAUGAACCAGGGCAGGGAGAAGGAGGCCCGGCGGCACGAGCGAGACGCCGCAGAGUGGACGUUGGUCAUGAGGGCACAAGCGACGCGGGACAAGGAGCUUAAUACAGCCACCGAGUCCACGCGAAGUCAACUGUUGUAA